GGUUCGUACCGGUUCUCACCCCAGCGCGCUCUCUCUCUCUCUCUCUUUCUCCCCGUUCUAGCCAACAACUUCAAAACCACCUCUCAUUUUCCGAACCAACAAACGGAAGAAGUAAUCACGCACGCGCACGAAGAACUCAAAGUUAUCUAUUUCUCUCUACGUGUUCAUUUUGUUCAAAUGAUUUCUUAAUGAAAGAUAUACAUAUGGUGAACAGCGUGAGAGAGAGGCAGAAAAAGGGUGAGCGAAAGAUGGGCAAGUGCAUGAGGAAAUCGAAGGGAAUCGGUGAGGUAGAGUUGGAGGUGAACCACGCCAACGCCGCUGCCCAAUCCUCACUCGGUGUUCGUACAAGAGCCAAAACCCUAGCCCUUCAGAAAUCAUCGGGUGCGGCGAUUAGUGGUGAUGAUGGGUCAUAUUUGCAGCUGAGGAGCAGGCGACUGGUGAAGCCCGUACCCCCAAUUGUCACAGAGGGUAAAAGACGGAAACACCUUCAGCCAAAAUCAGGCAAGGGUAAAGUGGUUCCCCGAAAUUCUGAGGAGGAAAAGGAGGAGGAAAUUGAUGGGGUGGAGGGAAAAUUGGGGAUGGAGGAAAAUAAUCAGAAGGAUGAGAAAAAUGGUGAUGGUGGAGAAAUGGAGGCUUCAUUUGGAGAGAACAUGCUGGAAUAUGAUGAUAAAGAAAGGACCACUAGGGAGAGUACCCCGUGCAAUUUGAUCAGGGAUCCAAACUCAAUCCAGACUCCUGGUUCAAGUAAUCGGCCUACCACGCCUAAUGCGGCCAGUAGCAGGGCACAAAAUCCAAUGCUAAGGCACAUCCCAACUGCAGGUGAAAUGGACGAGUUUUUUGCCGGUGAAGAAAAGCAGCAGCAAACACAAUUUAUCCAGAAGUACAACUUUGAUCCUGUGAAUGACAAACCUCUUCCUGGACGAUAUGAGUGGGUGAAACUUAAACCAUAGACGAGCAAUAGCAUUCCAUUGGGACUAAUGCAUCUUGAUUAUACUAGGAAAGGUGUAGAAAUCAUAGGUACUUUCAGUUUUGCAUGGUGAUGGUGAUGUUCAUAUUUUCCAUCACCAUUACUUGUAAAAACAUUAGGCAGCAAGUGUAGACAGUAGACUAAUGAUCUGUAACAUAACAGAGCUUGUGACUUACCUAUACAACAAGAUCCUUUGUCUAACAGAUCAUGAAAGAUUGAAGGGGAAAGAACUGGGUCGUAGUGGUAGUAUUUAUGGAGUUAGGCUUAGUUGCAGUGGUAUAGAAGUUAACUUGAAUGUUGUUCCCCAUGACUUCCGCUGGUUUACCAUCUGUAUAUUUAUACUGAUGGAAGUUUUUAGAACUCUGAAUAAAUCGACACCAUUUAUCCUUCUUCAUAAUA